AUGUCUAAUAAAUUUAAUAAUAAUAAUGAUUACUUUGCAACACUUAAAAUUCUUCUUGUUGGUAACUCAAACGUAGGGAAAUCGUCUCUUCUAUUAAGAUUUACUGAUGACACAUUUUUACCACAUGAAGAAGUAUCAGCAACAAUAGGGGUGGAUUUUAAAGUACAUGAAAUGGUUGUAGACGAAAAGAAAUAUAAAUUAACAAUUUGGGAACGUUUUAGAACAUUAACAUCUUCAUAUUAUCGUGGCGCUCAAGGUAUUAUAUUUGUAUAUGAUGUAUCAAUUCGUGAGACAUUUGAUCAAUUGGAUAAUUGGUUUAAUGAAUUAAAUACCUAUUGUUCAAAUAAAAAUAUAGCGAAAAUUAUAAUUGGUAAUAAAAUAGAUAAGGGAACUGAAAGAGCAAUUUCACGUAAAGAAGGUGAAGCAUAUGCAAGAAAAUUACAAACUUUAUAUACAGAAUGUAGUGCUAAAACAAAAUAUGGUGUGGAAGAAGCAUUUGCUGAACUUGUUAGAAAGUGGAAUGUCAAAAUUUUCAAGAGAUAUGAAUGCUUUUAG